AUGGAAUUAAGAGGAGGACUGUCGAAAAGUAAAGAGUCAUGCAAGUCAGAGGUCCAAAGGGAAUCAAAUGGUGCAGCAUUGGUACCACCAAACUCGAUCACACCACAGCAACAAACAACAACCAACUUUUCUACACCAAUCAACCAAUCAAGUACCAGACCAUCAAAUGGUGCAGCAUUGGUACCAUCAAACUCGACCACACCACAGCAACAACAUCGACCAAUCAAGUACCAGAUCACAGGAUGCAUCAUUGGCAAUGCAAACUUGCUCACCAAUCGUCUGAUAUCACAAAAAUAUUUGUAUCGUUCCAACCAACCAAUCCACUUUCUAUCCAAUGCAUUAAAUGGACAACCACCAGCCAACCAUACUUGA